UGAGAUUUGCUCUUUGAUACUGAACCAAAGCCUCAUCCUUUGAUCACAUACAACCGCUAACGUGGCCUCGCCUACUAAAUCCUCUACUUUCUUUUCCUCUUUUUUGAAUCUUGCGGUCAAUGUCACGCGACAUUUGUUUGGCCUCAACCAGACUCCACAAAAUUCAACCACACGCCACGGCAAAUCCUUGGAGGGUCCAAUAACAUAACGCGCUCACGUGGCUGUACGAUACGAUAAACAAGUAACCAAUUGCAAACCUCCACGUCGGAUAGAAAAGCACCACCGGGUCUGGUAGUUACCAGAUUUGCCGUCGCGAUCGAAAGCGACAGAGUCAUUUAGUCCAAACACGUGUCCUAACGGCUGAAACGACAAGUGGCACCCUUACGACGACAUGCUGUCGUCAUCCGCAUACGCCAUCUGUUUUUAUUUUUGGUUCAAAAAAGCCAUUAAAAUGCAGAACACGAAGAGCUGUGCAUUGCCAGAGCAGAGAGGAAACAAAAAGGAAAAAAAAAAUACAGCGAACGAAAGAGAAAGAGAGAGAGAGAGAGAGAGGAUUUCUCUCUCUCUCUCUCCUCUCAGCUGGAGGAGACGAAGAAAUUUCAGUUGGUAGAAGAAUGCAAGUCUUUGAUAGGAUGACGAUUCCAAUGCGUAGAGUUUGGGCCGGUGUGGCCACGCGCUUCGGGGUUCGUAAAAGCGGGAAUGUUAUGUUCUUCACUUGGGAUCAAUCAUUGAAACUGUCCGUGGCAAUCUCAAAUUACGGCUUUACCAUGAAAAGUAAAGAUUCCCAUGUGUUUUUACGUUUUACGAGACGAUCAGCUACAUUUGAAGAAGGGGAUAAGAAAUCAUGUAGAGGGCAUGGUGGAUAUAAGUAAUUAAAGGCUAACAUCGAUACUCUGUUGAGAACCAUUUUAAACGACAUGGAAUUCGGAUUUUUCCAUAGUUAUUUAGGAAUGUUGCAACGAAAUUGGAUUGUCUGAAACUACAGAGAAUUCCUUCGGUAUGAGUUCACCCGGUUACUUAGCCAUUGUGUUUCUGGGAUU